CCCUCUGGGGAGCUGAGCAGGGGCUGAUCCUCACCCUGAGCUCAGGGAGGUCACAGCUUCUCUUCUCUCUGCUUCUCUGCCCCUGGGGGCAGGUCCAGGCGGACGGCACAGAUGGGGACUGUGUCACCUUCGUGCUGCACGACGAGGAUCACACCCUGGGCAACUCCCUGCGCUACAUGGUGAUGAAGAACCCUGACGUGCAGUUCUGUGGCUACUGCAUCACACACCCCUCAGAAAGCAAGAUCAACUUCAGGAUCCAGACCAGAGGAGCCCUUCCUGCUGUGGAGCCAUUCAGGAAGGGGCUGAACGACCUGAUGGGUGUUUGCCAGCACGUGCUCAACACCUUUGAGAGGAGCAUGAAGGAGUUCAGGGCACAGAAGGAGGAGGAGAUGCAGUAACCUUUGGGAACCUCUGUGUGUUGAAAUCCCUGUGUCCAAACAAGUUUUUUUAUUAUUAUUAUUGUUUUAUUUUUAUUACU